AUUCUUAUCUCGAUUUUCAUACAAAUGACCCUAAAGGGGGGCACGAGCCAGGCCUGUGCAGCAUGCAAAUACCAAAGAAGAAAGUGUACCUCAGAGUGCCCUCUUGCCCCCUUCUUCCCUGCUGACAACCCCAAAAUAUUCCAAAACGCCCACAGGCUUUUCGGUGUCAAGAAAAUGCUUAAAAUCCUCGAUCCCCUCGACCCCGACCAGAAGGCCCAUGCCAUGGAUUCCAUCAUCUUCCAAGCCAACACGCGCGAAAUGUACCCGGUCCACGGCUGCUGCUGGGUCAUCCGCCAACUUUACUUCCAAAUCCAGCAGUUCGAGGAGGAGCUCCAUGCCGUCCGAUCCCACCUCGCCAUCUAUCGCCAGCACCACCACGAGGAUUCCGCAGCCCAGCUGCAACUCGGGAUGGUAGCGCCACCGCCUCAUUUCCAGUCUUACAAUGCUCUGCCCAUUGACCCUGCAGCAGCCUACAUUGAUUCUAAGGACAAUUUAGCUAAUUCUCUGUGCGUUCAAGUUCAAACUCCCUACCCCAACAAUGCUAACAACAAUAAUAUUAUUAACAGUCCCAUAGCGCUCCAGUCUCAGUUGCAGUCGAUAUCUUUGGAGCCUCCGCCCAUCCAGCAGGAACCUGCUCAGAUGUAUGAUGAGGCGCAUCCAAUUUUUGAUACUAUUGAUGACAGGCAGUCCUAUGUUGAUUCAAAAGAUGCCUACGACUCAAGCUCGGAAUCGUCACUGAAAGCGCAGUCGAUAGAGCACGUGGCCGAGAAUGAAUUGAAGAGUGCUGCUGCAUGCUUCAGCCUAACCAGUGUCAACUGA